AUGCCGACACAAAGACCGUUUCUGGGCAACUUCCUUGCGGCGUUCCGGGUACAUUCACAGCCACUCUCCAAGUCCACACCCUCCAUAUCCACAUCCGCCGCAGCAGCAUCGUCCGCGACGAUAUGGACGGCGACGCCACAGCAGCCUCAAAAGGCAUCUUCUCCAGGUCCUGAGACGACCGCGACAAGUCCGAAGCCUAUAAACGUGAAGAGCAACCCGUAUGCACAGACAGCGACAGCAGCACAAGAGCGACAGCUUGUAUCCUCCCUUUCACCCUUACAACACAACGUCAGCCCUGCAACACAUCUCCCUCGAUCUCCGCCCUCACCCGGACCAGUAUAUGGACCGCAGAACAAGCCACAACCAAACUAUCCCUCGGCGCAAGACGUUCGACGGUCUCGCAGAGGAAGCGACAGCAGCUCAGAAGGAUUCCGAGAGGUACGAGGUGCUGGUGAAAAGUGGUUCAUUGGUGGCCUGACUGCCAACGGGGACGAGAGGUACUACAAACUCAGUAUGGUGAAAAGAGAUAAGAGCCUGGAUCGAAUAUCGACCGAUCAGAUGAGCCUAUGA